GAAGUUGAGGCGGGGAGGGUCGUGUGGUUUUUGGUCGAAAGGAUUGGUUCAUUCGAUAUAGACUGCUAGUUAGAAUGCAAAUAUCCGCUUAAACAAGAAGAUCUGGUGCAACAACCACCGCAAGCCGUACCAUCUGAAAUGGCUGAAACCAACAACAAGCCGGAGGGCCAUUACGAGCAGCCAAAGACUGAAACGCCCUUGAAUGACGAAAACCACAUUGACGGCAAGAAGAUCGUUGCACGUCAUAUACAGGGCACCGUGAAGUGGUUCAACGUCAAGAACGGCUAUGGGUUCAUAAACCGCGCUGAUACAGGCGAUGACAUCUUCGUUCAUCAAACGGCUGUCACAAAGAACAAUCCAAACAAGUAUUUGAGAUCACUAGGCGAUGGCGAAAAAGUGGAAUUUGAUGUCGUAGAGGGACAGAAAGGCCCGGAAGCAGCAAAUGUCACCGGUCCAAAUGGUGGUAACGUGGAAGGCUCGAGAUAUGCAGCCGAUAAAAGCGUUAUGCGAGGAAGAGGACGAGCUUAUCGUCGACGUUUCUAUUAUGGUGUUUACCGUCCGGACAGAGGUGGAGCGAGACGUGCAAACUCUGAAGGUGAUAGAGCUGAUGGUGAAAAUGGCGAUAAUGAUGAAGGCGGGAGACGCGGACGUGGAGGAUUCCGUGGCCGUGGACGUGGUCGCGGCCGUGGACGAGGACGUGGUCGUGGUGGACAGCGUCGCCGCGCAUCGGAAGGUGACCGUCAGGAAGGCACAACAGAGGACCAGUUAGGCGGUGAAAAUGUACCACGGAAAACUGGCCGAGGACGCGGUCGUGGUGGCAGGGGUCGUCGGGGGGCUCGUAACGUUGAUGCCAUAAAUGGUGAAGCUGAAAACAAUAUUCACGUAACUUCUGAUGGCGAGAGCAAAGAAAAUGAACGUCCUAUUGCAAAUACAAAGCCGUCUGAACAAUAAGUUACUCCGACUCAGCUGAAAAUUGAAUAUAUUGUGCUUUCCCCAACUAUCAUCAAUUUAUCAUGAAGCUCAGUCCUGUUAAUUCAAUAAAUGAUAUCUGCUUCAUCCUUUGCCAGAAAAUCCGUACUGAUUUGCAGUCAUCCCUUUGAAUCACUCUUUUUUUUCCAUGUAUGCUUUGAGCUGGCGAUUAGUAUUUGUUUACUUUGUAAGUAUCACAUCAGUACUCGGCCACCGUCAGCACCGUUAUUAUGGACGGCGUCGCUUGUCGCUAUCAUUGGUGUAGAUGCUCAAAAACCUCUCCGUUUUUAACAAAUUGAAGUUAAUUUGUCCAGGAUGCCUGGAUUCAUGUUUUCCAGAAAGUUAUAGAAAGUUUUGAAUUUUAUGAUCUAAAGCGUUCAUUUAAAGUUCUGGUUAAAUUAUUACGUGCUGUGUGCGUUCAUUCACAACAAGACUUCACGUUGUAUUGCGAUAGAACAUACACGGUCCCCAGUGAGAUGUCAGAACAAUCGAAGAACCCUUCUUAUUUUGUUGGCCCUAUUUCCUCCCUAUGUUUCCGGAAUUUAUGUUGAAAAGUGGAGGAAAAUUUUAGUGUGGGGUUGACUGAAAUAUUUUGUUCUGUUGUAUUUGAAAGUGGUUCGAAGUUUCCUCUCGUUUUUAAACAUAAUGUUAAGCUUUAAUAAGCAUUCGUAAUAACUACAUUGUUGUUUCUGAUUUAUAUUUUUCAUUUCUUGAGGUUUUGUUUUAGUGGUAAUUCAUCUUUGCGUAAACGGAAUCCGUAAAAUCUGAUAAUCACAGUGCUUACCUUCCCAGUCUGUUGAGCAUUUGGAAGGUUUCUCAUUCUUGUCCUCACAGUCGUUUUUGUUUGUCAUACAUCAUAUUUCAAGGAAGUUCUUUCCAUUUUCGCCACUCGGUUUCAUAAAACAGAUCUGUUUCGUUCAGUAGAUUUUCCUCCAAAGAUUCAUUUAUUUUCCGUCAUACAAGUUUCGUAUGCUUGUAUAUGGUCAUGGUGAUUGCAGAUGUACGGUGUUUUACAAAAGGAAACUUAAAAUUCAACUGCAACUUAAAUUGUUUGUUUUGUAGAGUUCCAUUUAAAGUUCCAUGGGGAAAGUAAAUUGGUUGCUUCUAAG